CUUUACCCCAUACGAACAGAGUAAAACAGCCAAUCCUCCGUAGGGCAAGUCCCUGCAAACGGGUCGAUGGAAGGUUACUUGUCAUACGGAGUAGAGUUGGGUAGUUACGUUGAGCUUGGUAAGUUUCUCAUAAUCCAGUGCCAACGGAGCUCCUUCUGCUAGGAUUUCGCAAUGUAGCAGAGCGAGAAAAGCACAUAUAAAUCCCCUCGACCUCUGCUCCAAUCCAUUCGUGCCCAUACUACACCAAGAACAGCAAUCAAGCAAGUUCAUCUCCAGCGACCAUCAACCAUGGCUCCUCCUACCUAUACCCGUCUUGACAAGGACAACUGUGUCUUUCUGUUUAUCGACCACCAGUCGGGUCUGAUUCAGUUAGUCCACGAUUUCGAACCGAGCGAGUUCCGGAACAACGUGUUAGCUCUUGUCAGGGUCGCUAAAUACUAUGGGGCGCCGUCCGUUCUGACCACCUCCUUUGAGACGGGACCCAAUGGGCCUAUCGCCAAGGAAAUCGUGGACGAACUUCCUAAUGCUCCCCUCAUUCGGCGCCCUGGACAAAUCAACGCGAUGGACAACGAAGAUUUUGUCCAAGCCAUCAAGGCGACUGGAAAGAAGCAGGUUGUCAUUAGCGGCGUUUUAACCGAAAUCUGUGCGACCUUCCCCGCUCUUAGCCUGGUCGAACAGGGAUAUGAUGUGUUCCUGGUGACCGAUGCGAGUGGAACCUUUGCGGAACACACGCGGGAAGCAUGCCAUAAGCGACUUGCUCAGCAUGGUGUGCAGCUCCUCAAUUGGGCCGCUGUCGCUGCGGAGUUGCACCGCGACUGGCGUCGGGAUAUCAGUGGAUUUGGUGCUAUCUGGCGCGACCACGUUCCUGGAUAUUGGUGCUUGAUGCAGAGUUACGAAUCUGCCGGUCAGAAUGCUCAGAAGUAAUCACGCCGAAUAUAGUCCUCGAUAAUAUCAUAACGUCAGGAUAGUUAUAUGCCAUAGCCAAUGAAGACACCAUAGGUGCAGUUUCAUCAGC